GGUCCAAAACACUGGGACAAGACGAGGGCGGCGGUUUUAAUUCAUGUAUUAGCGAGUUAUUUUCAAUACAACAGAAGAGGAUCGACGCGUUUUAAUAAAUCUUAACAGUCAAAGCAGAUCCCUGUACCUCUGCAUCCAGUGCUGCUCCAGUGUUUGUGCUGUCAGGGUGAUGUCAGCAGCUUGUCUUGUGCGCCUAGCAAGGUGCAGUGGACCUCAUGUGGGACGUAGUGGUCUUUUACAGAUGGCCCAACUCCCUUUCCUGCAGGACAGCCACCUCCAGUUCACAAUCUUCCAGAGACAAAUUUACAGCCCUUCAGGAAAACAUUACAGCAACACACGUUUUGAUCCAGACAGCAGUGGCCGCCCCACUACUUGGGAUUCAUUCGGCAUCUGGGACAAUCGUAUCGACGAGCCCAUCCUUCUGCCUCCCAGCAUUCGCUACGGGAAGCCCAUUCCCAAAGUCAGCUUGUCGAGGGUAGGCUGUGCCUCGCUCAUCGGGCAACGCAAGGAAAAUGAAGAUCGCUUCCAGGUCUCCCAAAUGACUGACAGCAUUCUCUACUUUGCUGUGUUCGAUGGGCAUGGCGGGCCAGAAGCAGCUGACUUUUGUGAAAAAUACAUGGAGAAAUACAUCAAGGACCUUGUGGCAGAGGAGACCAAUCUGGAAGUAGUUUUAACGAAGGCCUUCCUUGAAAUAGACAAAGCUCUUGCAAAGCACUUACACUUCUCUCCAAAUGUACCCGGGAUGAACGUAGGAACCACCUCCACCGUGGCCCUGCUGAGGGACGGCAUCGAGCUGGUGGUGGGCAGUGUGGGUGACAGCCGGGCCAUGAUGUGCCGCAAGGGCAAGGCGCUUAAACUCACUGUUGACCACACUCCUGAGAGGAAGGAUGAGAAAGAGAGGAUAAAGAGAAGUGGGGGUUUUAUCACUUGGAAUAGUCUGGGACAAUCAAAUGUCAACGGCAGGCUGGCCAUGACGCGCAGCAUCGGAGACUUUGACCUGAAGAACGCGGGAGUCAUCGCUGAGCCUGAAACCAAGAGAAUAUCGUUGCACCACGCCCACGACUCAUUCCUAGCACUGACCACCGACGGCAUAAACUUCAUUAUGAACAGCCAGGAGAUCUGCAACGUCAUCAACCAGUGCCACGACCCCAAGGAGGCAGCUCAAAGAAUAUCUGACCAGGCUCUUCAGUACGGCUCAGAGGACAACAGCACAAUUAUUGUGGUGCCCUUUGGUGCUUGGGGAAAGCACAAGAGCUCGGAAACAAGUUUCUCCUUCAGCAGAAGUGUUGUGUCGAGCGGUCGCUGGGCAUAGUCAGCAGGACGUUGGAGGAAAAGAUUUUGGUCCGUGGACCUUAUUAAUGUGUGCAAUACAAUCGAACAGUGCCCUUGAGGAAACAUUAUAAAGAAUGUGGUUUGCCCAAAUAAUAAUACCUUAGAGAAGCAUGAUAUUUAUUAGCCUCUGUGGAGAAAGAGGCAAUGAAUUCAUGAUGUGCACUAAAAACAUCCUCUUUAUACCAGGUUUUACUCUUCUAGCAAGCCAAUGAUCAAAAAGGUGCUAAAAGCUGAGAAAUGUUUGAAUGGCAGACAGGAAUUCAUGACUACAUAAAAUCUGCACUUGUGUGUAUGUAGGCUGCUCUACAUUAGAAAAGAUUUAAUGACUACUUUUCUGUCUGCCAUUCAGAUGAUUUUUAUCUGUUUAGCUAUAAUGCCCAAAUUUGUACUUUUUUAUUUUCAUAGCAACUUAGAUAAGUUGCACUUUACUUAUAAUCUGGAUUUUACCAGUUGUUUGAACCUGCAGUCUUAUGCCCAGGACACACUGCUUGCAUGCGCAUUGUGUGCGUAGCAGAACCUGUUUUUGUUGUUGUAAAGUUUUUGCAGGACCGUGUUGUUGGCCAUAUGGUGGCAUACACAGCUCCAUAAAUUAGUGGAGUACCAGAUUUUAAUUUUAACCUCCCAUCCACACUGCAUGUGUGAGGAGCAUGACGGCUACCUCCCUGAACUGCCGUGGCUCGCACACUUGCAGUGUUCACACAGGCAGCGUUGUUGCUGCAGGGCUGUCGCUGUUGUAACUACUGUAAUUCCACUACUGAAUGCCGAUAUUCCAUUAUUUUAGCCGUGCAAGCCACUGCUCUGUCAACAAAAUGGUCAUGUAAACUAUUCACAGUAAAAAACCUUCUUUUGACACCUGAUGGGAUUCUACCGACACAAACGUUGUUAGAGGACUUUUAUUCUGAAAGGACAAAAGGGAAGGUUGAGUUAAACAGAUGUGUUUGUAUGUCAUUAUCUGACAGAUAAAGACAUAGAAACUGUAGUAAAAGGUGGAAUAAUGUCAAUUUGAUUAUUAAAAAACAUUUUCACUUCAUAUUUUUAUUGAAAUCUGCAAACUCGCAUGAAAAAAAAUUGGUUAGACUCAAAAUCUUGAGAUGUGUUGCUGCUCUAACUUGUUAACAUGGGCGAUGAUGAAAAACACAAGAGGUUCUGCGAUACACACGCGCUGCUCACACAGGUGGUGUGGCCCAGGUGUUACCAUUUGUCAGUGUUAAGGAUUUGACUACGUUUGAACACGAGAGUGGAAAAAACGGUAACUAAACUGCAUUCAUUUGUUAUAUAAUUGGAAUAUAUUGAGCCCUUAUAUUAGAGCACAAAAUCAACUUAACGUACACAGUUACGUCACGCGUGUUGCUCUUCUAAACUUUUCUCCAUUUUGAGCCCAAUUGCACAAUCUUGAUGGUUUGGGAGAAAUGAACCUUAAAUGUUCUGUGAUCUAGUGAACUAGUGUGAAUGAAGUUGCUUGAUGCUAUUUAUAUAAACAGCAUUUCAGUGGCUGAAGUAAGAUAUUCAUGUUUCUUGAAAUUUAAGCAUUGCUCAUGUGUUCAUAUCUGCGCUGAUUUGAAACAGGUCUUGUAAGGGCACUGAUACGUGUUCAGGGUACAGAAAUGUACAGUUUAUGUUCUGUAAAUAAUUAUAUUUAUGUAUGUACAUCUGGAACAACUGAUAGUUCUCCUUUACUUAAUAACUCGUCUCAUCGGUAUAUUUCACAAACGCAGAACUUUUGCUUGGGUGCUUGUAUCGUGCAAAGCUACAUCAUUUUGAUUGUAACUAAAUCAGUAAUUCCUCAUUUACACCGUUUAUGUGUCACUCUGAGAGAUCGAAGCACACUUAAUGCAACACUAAAGAAUUGUUCCGCUAAGAGCCAUGUUUGACAGUGUGAAUGUUUGCUUAAAUGCCCUCCAUGACUAAAAAAAAUACAAUCAAACCCUGCGGGGUGUGGAAGUAAUGAGCUGUAUAAGUUGUGUUGGCUGACCUCGUGAGUGGACACAUUUCCUGUGACUUCAACCUUCAGAUCGACCGUACUGUUUCUGUUCUUUGUUGAUCUUUUGUUCUGUGGUUGUCAAGGCUAGACAAAUGCAACACUUCAUAUUUAUCAUUAUUGUUCUAUCUGUGAGAUUUGCAGAUGUGUAGCAACCAUUUUCUCCUCAAACCUCAUUUAUAAAUGUUUAGUAGAUUCUGUGUUUCCCCACUUAUUCACAUCAAACUGAAUGAAACUCUGAUUUAUUAUAAGUACUUUGUCUUUAUAAUUAAUACGUCCUCCUAACAAACCUCAUCUGUUUUAUGUUUAUUUCAGUAUGUUGAGUUUUUAUUUACUGUAUUUUGUUUCACUGCCUUUCAAUACAGUAAUUGUAGCUGUGGACCUGAAUCUGACUGGGACCUUAAUGUGACUGAUUCAACAACACUCUGUUAGUACUGGGGUUUUUUUUUUUGGUCGUAAUGACUUGUGACACCUCAAUUAAAAACUGUACAUCAAAAA